AUACGUGCAGUGUGUGUGUGUGGCAAACGAACCGCGCAGUCUAGGCGUGAGCUCGCAUUCAGCUUUACGGUCUCCACACGUUACUGGAGCUGUCAACGCAAAGGCUAGUGGCUUGAUCCUUGAUCACAACGUGUUCCCUGAUGAACAUCGCCCGUGCUGCAAACCUGCUAAGCUCCUGACGCCACAGAAUAAUUUGCAACUAUGGCUACAGAAUCCGGCACGGAUUCUGAAUUGACGAACGUUCAGCAGGAUCCCCCUUCACAGGAGCAGCAGCCUGUUGUGCAACAAGAGCUGGCAGCCAAUAAAGAACAUAAACCAGCAGAUACCAACACUAACCAGCAAGAUCAGAAUGCUGAAAAAGAUAAAAAAGCAGAAAACAUUCCAAAAGUGGUUGAAGAGUUGGACGCUGGAGAAACAGAUGAUGACAAAACUUCAGAAAGGACCACACCUGGCAAAACCCCCAAAUCUCCAUUAAAAGGAUCCAAAAAACCAAAGACCAUGCCAUGCAAGGUGGCCCUUCUGGAUGGCACAGAAUUUGAGUGUGAAGUGGAGAAACGGGCCAAGGGACAAGUGCUUUUUGAUCUGGUCUGCGAGCAUCUCAACCUGCUGGAGAAGGACUACUACGGGCUGACAUUUUGUGACUCUGAAAGCCAAAAGAACUGGCUGGAUCCUUCAAAGGAGAUAAAAAAGCAAAUCCGAAGUGGCCCUUGGCAUUUUGCGUACACAGUGAAGUUCUAUCCCCCAGAUCCGACCCAGCUUUCUGAAGAUAUCACAAGGUAUUACCUAUGUCUGCAGCUGAGAGAUGAUAUUAUCUCUGGACGGUUACCUUGCUCUUUUGUGACACAUGCUCUAUUGGGGUCGUACACUGUUCAGGCUGAGUUGGGAGAUUAUGAUCCUGAGGAGAAUGGACCUGACUACGUCAGUGAGAUUCGCUUUGCCCCGAACCAGACAAAAGAACUUGAGGAAAGGGUGGUAGAACUGCAUAAGACCUACAGGGGCAUGACACCAGGAGAAGCAGAAAUGAACUUUUUGGAAAAUGCUAAGAAGCUGUCUAUGUAUGGAGUGGACUUGCAUCAUGCUAAGGACUCUGAAGGAAUUGAUAUCAUGCUUGGAGUUUGCGCAAAUGGUCUUCUGAUCUACAGAGACCGGUUAAGAAUAAAUCGCUUUGCUUGGCCCAAGAUUCUCAAGAUUUCGUACAAAAGGAGUAACUUCUACAUUAAAAUCAGACCUGGAGAAUAUGAACAGUUUGAAAGCACCAUUGGUUUCAAGCUUCCAAAUCACCGAGCUGCCAAGAGACUCUGGAAAGUCUGCAUCGAACACCACACGUUUUUCAGACUUGUGUCUCCUGAGCCACCUCCAAAAGGAUUUCUCGUAAUGGGCUCAAAGUUCCGUUAUAGUGGCCGUACACAGGCUCAAACUAGGCAAGCCAGUGCUUUAAUUGAUCGGCCUGCACCCUAUUUUGAACGCUCCUCAAGCAAAAGAUAUACAAUGUCAAGGAGUCUAGAUGGAGAGUUUUUCCGUCCAGCUUCAGUCGGGGAAAAUCACGACGCACUUUUGAAAGAGUCAACGAAAGAUGCAAGCGAGACUUCAAGGACAGAGACUCCAGACACAACACAGUCAGACAGCAAGAAAUCCUCCCAGAAGUCAGAAAAAACCGAGGAAGUGACCACACCAACAAAAAUUAAGGAAAUGAAGUUCCUGGACAAAUCAGAAGAUGUACUGUUGAAGCAUCAAGCCAAUAUCAAUGAACUAAAACGAACUUUACAGGAAUCCACUAAUAUUAAGCUAAGUCAUGGUGACCGGGAAAAGAAAUUAACUACUUCCCCAUCUUCAUCGAAAUCCAAAGACAAAGAGCAGGAGGAGUCACAGAAGCUCCAGCAGUCUGCGAGAGCUGAAGAGGAGGCGAAGGAAGAGCCUGCUUCUCAAGUGGGUGCCAUUGCCUUAUCUCUGGAAGCUUCAGCAAAGAAAAGCCUUGCAUCUUCUCCUGAGACUAAACCUCCUAUUCUUGAAUGUGCCUUGGAAGACAGGGAAGUAAAAGCCUCACAGAAAGCUUCAAAAUCUCCAGGGAAAUCACCAGUAAAAGGAGAGACGUUGGAAAGUACUGUUACUUCAGUAAAUAUCACACAGAGUACUGAAGCAAAGCAGGAACCGCAAAGAAAGCCCACGGUAGCCAAACAAGAAUCUGAAGAAGCCAUGGAGCAGAUGCAAGAACUUGUGACCCAGCCGUUGGUGACAAAGGAGAUAGGGAUGGAAGCAGAACACAAACAUUCAAACAUCUCUAUAAAUUCCUCAGGAAAUUUUGAAGCUGAGAAAGAAUAUACAGUACCAGGUACAGUCGAAGAAGUAGAUGGAAUAUUAGAAGUGAACAAGUUAUCAACACAAACCAAGAUGUCGAAACGAGAAAGAACAGACAGUGCUACCUCUGAAGAUAACGUCAAUACUCUGCCUGAUAAAAGUACUGAAAGACAACCUGUUCAAGAGGAUGGAAAGGACCAACAUAAGAGCAUUGACCACGAACCUGAAAACUCUCAAGAGAAACCUCAACAGGAGGAUAUUAUGAAAACAAAAUCUGGACUGCCAAGUGAUGGAAAGAGGGAAACUUCUUCAAAAGAAACAUCUUCACCUAUUGAGGCAAAAUCAAUCACAAAAACCCAGGUUACCAUUAUCCCAGAUCUGGCAAAUGAAACUGUAACAAGUUCACAAAGUAUUGUCUCAGAAACUGUAUCCACAUCAUUUGUUGACGGUGGCAGUGGCGCUACAAAUGUAACAAGCUCUCAGUCUGUGACUUCUGAAACCAUAUCCACGUCAACCACUACUCAUAUCACUAAGUCAGUGAAAGGAGGAUUUUCAGAAACCAGGAUUGAGAAAAGAAUCAUCAUCACAGGUGAUGCUGACGUUGACCAAGACCAGGCUCUGGCUCUUGCAAUUAAGGAAGUGAAACAGCAGCACCCUGACAUGCUCGUGACAAAAGCUGUGGUUUAUAAAGAAUCAGAGCCUGAAACAGAGCAAAAUGCAAAGGAAUCAAAGGAAUAACAUAUGGAAGUGGAAGUCCUCAAAACACCGCGAAUAACAGAAUGGAAUCACACUGAUGCUUUCAUCAGCACAGACUUUCUCUGCCUUGUUAGUUUACGCAGAAGAACCAGGAAAGAAUAUCAAUAUCAAUGUAAAAAUAUACUCCUGCUGUGCAAAGAAACAUUUCAGUUCCAACCACCGCCAAGAAAAUAAAACAUUUGCAAGUCGAGAAAACGCAUGUUUUGAGGGGAGAAAGGAAAACUAGAACCUCUAACCAUCAUUGCAAAGUAUAUGAGCUUUUCCAGCAGUCAGAAUCCCACAUGGGAAUACCGUUCAUGGAGAUGGAAGAGAAAUCUUGCAACUAAUGUUUAAUAAUACAUGCUUACGCGAUGGAUGUCAACUUAAUUUCCUCCUUUCUUUUGAUCUGCUAAAGACGGUCAGCAACUAUCAUACAAAUUAUCCGAUGGAAAUGAAUGGCACAUUUUGGUUCCCAAUUUGAAUUUGCAUUAAUUUAUACUGAAGUAUGCUUAUCUGGUUAUGUAAAGAUUGGAUGUAUUUCUCCUCUGAACUUUGUAAUAUUCAAAUGGUAACCUGGUAUUGGUUGUUAACCAAUACUUGGUUUGGCAGCAGUUUGUGUUUUUGUAAAUUAAAAAAGACGUAAUUAUUUGAAAGUGAAUAAUUUUAGGCAAAUGAGGUUUCACAGAUGUCUUAAUCUAAAGAUAGUGGAUAGAAGUUUGUUAGCGCACAACUAGCUGUUACAGGUGAUGAUAUCUAUAGGAAGAUACUCAAACUAGUGGUUCAGUAAAAAUACUUAGCAAUGGUUCACAAAGGACAGAACUUCUCAUUCUGAUCAACAUCCUCACUAUUCCAAGGCACCAUGGACAUCUGGUAUCUAUUCUCAUAGCUUGUUCUAAAUCCUUAAAGAAUUGUUAAAAUAAAUUUAACUUGUUUGUUAAUAGUAAAGCCAGCAACGGAAUAUUAUACAUUGCUGAUUAUACAAAUGGGCUGCUUUACCUAUCUAGCAUGACAAAAGACAUCAGAACUCAAGAUUAGUAGUGAAGCACUUGUGAGUUCUGCCUAUCUAAUUACAUGCUGUCACAUAAGAUAUUAAAUGCCGUGUGCACGCUUAGAUGAUGCAAUGGACAGCUGAGAGAAGCAGAAGAUUUGCACACUUGGCAUUUAAUCAGAUGUAGUUUGUUUGUUUACCAUUGCUAAAUAUAUUUUUGAUAGGAUCGUUUUAGUGACUUACCCAAUAUUUUAAACUGAACGAGUGAUGAAGUAUUUGAGAAUAUUUGCAAUUGUAUCAACAGCAGACAUGAAUUUAUGUGUGCAUGAGUGCAUUAAAACACCAUAAUACAGAUAUGAAAUGCUCCAUAAUUGCUUUUCUCCCCCUAUAGCUCUAUGGUAUGUGUUCAUUGUAUCCUUUUACCUUCAUAGUGAAAUAAAUGUGCCAGUUGCA